CACUCACCAAGCCAAAGUCCUUCAGAGAUUACUGUAUAUUCUCUAGGUUUCCAUGUGUUUUCACCGCGCAGCUGUUUAGUCUUGUAUUUCCUGGUCACUAUAGUGGAAAAUCAACUGUAUCAAGGUAAGACUCAACAAUGGGCAGAGCGACAAAAGGGAUUCUUUGGUUGAUGCUAACUCUGGGAGUCGUCACAGCUCAAAUAGUUAAGGUGGAUCGGACACUGCCCCAGUGGCUGACAGGCAUCAUAGCUGUGGUUGUGUUUCUCUUCCUCAUCUUCGUGGCGUUUCUGGUCAACAAGGCCUGGUGUCAGGACUCAAGGCUGGAGACCAAAGUAUGUGAGUGUGUGGAGACCACUGGCUAUGGCAAGACCAACAGAGACAACUAUAAUACCAGUCUGGAUACAGUCAGGAACGGAGAUGACGAGGGUGCAUAUGAGAACAUGGCCCUUGAAAGUGUGGAGGACAAAGCCACUGCCAUGUGACCGAUAAGAACCCAUACAAGACACCAAUGUGUAUGGGUUUGUCAUGGACACACACGGGCCUAAAGUGUGAUUCAACGCUUAAUAGACCUGAAAAAUAAAAUAAAAAGGUAAAUUCUCAUAACAA